AAGAAGUCUAGUCCGAGGGGUAGCCCUAACCCCCACCCCCUCCUGCGACCGGGAGCCGCGUUCCUCGCCGCCCGGAGUGCAUCCGAGCGCCCUCGUGGUCGGGGCCUGCGAGAAUAGUCGCCGAGGCCCAGGGCGUCGGGCUUCCGUGCACCGGGUGACGGGAACUGGGGCGUCCUGGGGGGAACUCCGGGUCCUACUCCAGGCGCGAAAAAGCCCGCGCGGUGCGGAGCAGCUGUGUCCACUGGCCGUUGGGGACGGACCGCUUUGGUCGCCGGCGUACAGCAAAUUUUCUGUGUUGAUCCAGGCCAAUGUGCAAUACCAGCAUGUCUGUGUCUACUGAUGGUGCUGUAAGCACCUCACAGAUUCCUGCUUCGGAACAAGAGACCCUGGUUAGACCAAAGCCAUUGCUUUUAAAGUUAUUAAAGUCUGUUGGUGCCCAAAAAGACACUUAUACUAUGAAGGAGGUCAUAUUUUAUCUUGGCCAGUAUAUUAUGGCUAAAAGAUUGUAUGAUGAGAAACAGCAACAUAUUGUGUAUUGUUCGAAUGAUCUUCUAGGAGAUUUGUUUGGAGUACCAAGCUUCUCUGUGAAAGAGCACAGGAAAAUAUAUACCAUGAUCUACAGAAACUUGAUAGUACUCAAUCAGCAGGAACCAUCAGACUCUGGUACAUCUGUGAGUGAAAACACGUGCCUCCUUGAAGAUAGGAGUGACCAAGAAGACCCUGAGCAAGAUCUACAAGAAGGGAGUCCUUCAUCUUCAGAUUUGGUUUCUACACCAUCUACCUCAUCUAGGAGGAGAACAAUUAGUGAGACAGAAGAAAGCUCAGAUGAAUGGUCUGGUGAACGACAAAGAAAACGCCACAGAUCAGAUAGUAUUUCACUUUCUUUUGAUGAAAGCUUGGCUCUGUGUGUACUAAGGGAGAUAUGUUGUGAAAGAAGUAAUAGCAGUGACUCGACAGAGACUCCAUCAAAUCUGGAUCUGGAUGAUGGUGUAAGUGAACAUUCAGGUGAUUGGUUGGAUCAGGAUUCAGUUUCUGAUCAAUUCAGCGUAGAAUUUGAAGUUGAGUCUCUCGAUUCAGAAGAUUAUAGUCUUAGUGAAGAAGGACAAGAACUCUCAGAUGAAGAUGAUGAGGUAUAUCGAGUUACUGUGUUUAAGACAGGGGAAAGUGAUACAGAUUCAUUUGAAGAAGAUCCUGAAAUUUCCUUAGCUGACUAUUGGAAGUGUACUUCAUGCCAUGAAAUGAAUCCUCCCCUUCCGUCACACUGCAACAGAUGUUGGGCCCUUCGUGAGAAUUGGCUUCCUGAAGAUAAAGGGAAGGAUAAAGGAGAGGUCUCUGAAAAAGCCCAGUUAAAAAACUCAACACAGGCAGAUGAAGGUUUGGAUGUACCUGAUGGUAGAAAGACUUUGGCAAAUGAUUCCAGAGAGUCAUUUGUUGAAGAAAGUAAUGAUAAAUGCACACAAACCUCCCUGUCACAAGAAGGUGAGGACUACUCUCAGCCAUCAACUUCUGGUAGCAUUAUUAAUAGCAGCCAAGAAGAUGUUAAAGAGUUUGAGAAGGAAGAAACACAAGACAAAGAAGAAAGUGUGGAAUCUGGUUUUCCCCUUAAUGCCAUUGAACCUUGUGUGAUUUGUCAAGGUAGACCUAAAAAUGGUUGCAUUGUCCAUGGCAAAACAGGACAUCUUAUGUCGUGUUUCACAUGUGCAAAGAAGCUGAAGAAGAGAAAUAAGCCCUGCCCAGUGUGCAGACAACCAAUUCAAAUGAUUGUGCUAACUUAUUUCAACUAGCUGACAUCCAUAAAAGUAUAUAUUUUUAACUUUAUAUAAGCCUAAAAAUUUAGACAACACAGAUUUUAUAAACAUCAAAGCAAGAAAUAUGAGGACAUUGAAAUGUAACUUAAUUAAGCACCUUUUGUGUGAAAAGGAAAAGUAUGGAAAGCUUUUAACAUUCAAGAUGUAGAUGCUCUGAAACACCAAUCCUUAGUUUCUCUCCUCCUUCAGAAAUUCUUAUUUAUAUUUGGUGCUAUGUUAUGUAGGUAAAAGUGUACCACUUAUACUAAUUAAUAAGAAUCUUCAGUGAAAUAGUGAAAAUAACCAGAAUUGCUAAUAAUAAUUGAGAUUAUAAAUGACAGCAUAUGUAGUACAUGUUAUUCAAC